AUGUUCGCUCUAUAUUUGAUGUUGAUGAUGGCCAUGGCCACAAUCGCCUCGGCCAUUGGAGUCAGGCCAGUCCAGAGCAUGGCGGUCGAGGGAAACUUCAUCUGCAAUGGCAGGCCUAUGCGGGAUGUGGUGGGUUUGAAAAUUAUAAAUCCAAAAAUUAGGACAAGAAUUUUGUUUUUUUAGAAAUGAAUUAAAAUUAAGUAAAGGCUAUGCAAUGAUGACUAAUCCUCAUUUAGAAAGUAAAAUUGUACGAUCACGACACCUUCACCUUGGACGAUCUGAUGGCCAAGACCAAGAGUGACAGCAAUGGCCAUUUCUACUUGAAGGGCCAUGCCAAUGAAGUCAGCCGAGUUACUCCCAAAUUGAACAUGUAAGCAGCACUGCAAAUAAUUUUGUUUACAAUCUUAAAAGAUUUUCGUCAAGUUGUUGUUUUCGAUGCUUCCAAGGGAAAGCUUCAAAGUGCGGCGCUCAUACUUUCUUUAAAUUUUGCGGUAUUUGGACGUGUGCGUCGAGCGUAGUCUAUAAAAUACAUACAUAUAAGAGGGGUAAAUUGGAUACCCACGAGUUUCGCCAUUGCAAUUUUUUUUCAGCCCACAGUAGCAAACAUUUUCCGACGUUCGAAUAUAUAAAGACUCUAAUUUCGAAGAUGACAUUCCUUUUUUCGAAUCCUUAUUUGUUUCUCUUAAUUAGUAGUGUUAAAUAGUAUAUUUUUUUAUUUUCAUAUGGGAAGUAACGCGCUCAGGUUUUUCAUAAAAAUUGGCAUAUACAUAUAGCUCGCGCUUUACAGAACCCGCCGAGAAGGAAGGGCCGGAAUAUCAACAAAAAUAUUCAAAUUCGCCCCUUACCACUACUAUUAUACUUAAAAGAAACAAGUAAUCAUCUAAUUUAUUUUCGAAAUCAGGACGGUCAACUCCUAUGCUUUUUUACAUUAGAGCUGCUAUUAAGAUGCAGUUUUAAUCAAAUUUGAUAUUUUAAGGCCUGUCAAAACACAAGAGUUUAUUUGAGCUCAAAGCAAAGCUUUUGAAUUGGUAAAAACGUGGGCAAAAAAGCAUUUACGUGGUGUUGCGAGACGGAACUGGGACGAUUGGGGAAAAAGACGAUUGGGGAAAAGUACGAUUGGGGAAACCGAAAAGUAUUAUUUUUCUUCGAUGCAAAUGUCGAAAUUAGGAUAAUCGAGGGUGCUCAUUUCGAAAAUGACAUUCUUUUUUUUGAUUCUUACUUUUUUUCUUAAGUAGUACUGUUAAGUACUAAUUUUUUAAAAAUUUUCGAAAAAUAAUGGAUUUAGAUGAUUUCGACGGUGCUGGUUUCGAAAAUCAUGUUCAUUUUUCCUCUAGUACUAUAUAGUACUAUUCUGAUACUAUAUAGUACGAGGUCAAAAUAUGGCUUUUGACGUUAAUGGUGUUGUUUUGAUGCUUAGUACUCUUCAAAAACACGUUUUAAAGACUUGGUGCUAUAUAGUACUACCUGAUACUAUGUAGUACGAGGUGCAAAGUUGGCCUUUAGGCGUUCGUGGUGUUGUUCUGGUUCUUAGUACGCCUAUUUUUACUUCGUGCUACAUAGUAUCAGACAGUACUAUAUAGCACCAAGUCUUUAAAACGUGUUUUUGAAGAGUACUAAGCAUCAAAACAACACCAUUAACGUCAAAAGCCAUAUUUUCACUUCGUACUAUAUAGUAUCAGAAUAGUACUAUGUAGUACUAGAGGAAAAAUUUACAUGAUUUUCGAAAUCAGCACCCUCGAAAACCCCUAAAUCGAGUAUUUAUGAAAAAAAAAUUAAAAAUUACUACUUUACAGUACUACUUAAGUAAAAAAGUAAGAAUCAAAAAAAUGAAUGUCAUUUUCGAAAUGAGCACCCUCGAUUCUCCUAACUUCGACAUUUGCAUGGAAGAAAAAUAAUACUUUUCGGUUUCCCCAAUCGUACUUUUCCCCAAUCGUCUUUUUCCCCAAUCGUCCCUUUCCCCAAUCGUCUUUUUCCCCAAUCGUCCAACUCCGUUGCGAGACAAGUUACGAGGGUUUUUUCGCCCUUACAAACACAAAAUUGAUCAGCUAAUUUUUACAUAUUCUUGUUCAGCAUAAUUCUGCGAAUUUUUUGAUAUAUGUCUCGACCUGUAACUCCCAUAGAAGUACUUUCCUUGUGAAUUUGUGACAAGUUUCACCAAAGUCUGAGCGUUGCACUUGGAGUAUUUCCCCUGUUAACAUAAUACAUUUAAUUCCAGAUACCAUCGUUGUAACCAACUUCUGCCCGUCUGUUAUCAAAAGUUCAGCAUUGGGAUCCCCAAGGAUUACAUCACUUAUGGCAGCGCUGUUCCUUCCAAAACUUACAAUUUGGGAACUCUCAAUUUGGAUGGCAAAUUCCCUGGCCAAGGGCGAGAUUGUCUCAAUUAA